UAUUUUGACACCAGCCCGGAAUUUGACUCAGUUUGUUGUGGUCUGUCACGGGGAUAUUGCGCUUCGCCAGCUACUACAAACAUUAGCGAUACUAUGGCGUCCACGCAAAUAAUACCCCUUGUUCACGUUAAAUCCCCGACGGCGUUGUGGUCGCUGCCGUUCGCGUUGCUAUCCUUCGUCCUCGUCGGGAGAGGCGAGGGCAACGCAAUGGAUAACGUCGUAACAGAGAGGCUGGCUGAAGAAAGCCACCGCCAAGACAGUGCCAACCUGCUCAUAUUCAUCAUGCUGCUAACGCUCACUAUUCUCACUAUAUGGCUCUUCAAGCACAGGCGCUUUCGGUUCCUCCACGAAACGGGACUCGCCAUGAUCUAUGGCCUUCUGGUGGGUGUGAUACUCCGGUUCGGCGUCCACGUGCCCCCGAGUAUGAGCGACGUGGUGCAGGGUUGCGCGGUGAACGCCAGUCCUGCCACCCUGCUGGUGAACGUCAGCGGGCGAUUUUACGAGUACACCCUAAAGGGCGAAGUCAGCCGAAGCAAAGGCCACCAAGUGCAGGACGACGAGAUGUUGAGAAAGGUUACUUUUGACCCAGAAGUCUUUUUCAACAUCUUACUACCCCCGAUCAUCUUCCAUGCAGGCUACAGUCUAAAACGGAGACAUUUUUUCCGCAACAUUGGCUCCAUCCUGGCCUACGCUUUCCUGGGAACUGUCAUAUCUUGCUUUAUUAUUGGGCUCAUCAUGUACGGAUUUGUGUCCUUCAUGAAAGUGGUGGGCCAGCUCGGGGGAGAUUUUUACUUCACCGACUGUCUCUUCUUUGGGGCCAUCGUGUCAGCGACAGACCCAGUGACAGUGCUGGCCAUUUUCAACGAUCUGAAGGUAGACGUGGACCUGUAUGCUUUACUUUUUGGGGAAAGCGUGCUCAAUGACGCCGUGGCCAUCGUCCUCUCGUCUGUUCUUCUCCGUUUGGAGAAGCAAAGUAGGCGGGGGGCUCGAAUUGUGCGUCCCGAGGGCGAGGAGGAAUGGCUGGAGAAGAACCAGACAGUUAUUCCUCGCUCCAUUGUGGCUUACCAGCCGACGGGGGACAACAGCCACAGCUUUGAAGCCACGGCCAUGCUCAAAUCCUUCGGCAUCUUCCUUGGUGUCUUCAGCGGAUCGUUUGCUCUCGGCGUGGCCACCGGUGUGGUGACAGCGCUCGUGACCAAGUUUACCAAGCUGAGGGACUUCCCCUUGUUGGAGACGGCGCUGUUUUUCCUCAUGUCCUGGAGCACUUUCCUGUUGGCCGAGGCGUGCGGCUUUACCGGCGUGGUCGCCGUGCUGUUCUGCGGGAUGACUCAGGCUCACUACACCUAUAACAAUCUCUCUCGUGACUCACAGGAUCGAACCAAACAGUUGUUUGAGCUGCUCAACUUUCUGGCGGAGAACUUCAUCUUCUCCUACAUGGGCCUGACGCUCUUCUCCUUUCAAUCGCACGUCUUCAACCCUCUGUUCAUCAUCGGGGCCUUUGUAGCAGUGUUCUUGGGCAGGGCGGCAAACAUUUACCCAUUGUCCUUCCUGCUCAACCUUGGCCGCAAGAACAAGAUUGGUUCCAAUUUCCAGCACGUCAUGAUGUUUGCAGGACUGCGCGGGGCGAUGACAUUUGCCCUGUCCAUCCGCGACACGGCCACCUAUGCCCGCCAGAUGAUGUUCUCUACCACCUUGCUGAUUGUCUUCUUCACCGUGUGGCUCUGCGGAGGCGGCACCAUGCCUAUGUUGUCCUUCAUGAGUAUUCCUGUGGGUGUGGACUCUGAUCAAGACCACUCAAGUUCAGGAAUGCUGGAUGACUCACAGAGGAGGAACACAAAGCAUGAGAGCGCCUGGCCAUUCAGGAUCUGGUACAACUUUGAUCGCAACUACCUGAAACCCCUCUUGACCCACAGUGGCCCCCCUCUCACUGCCACCCUGCCCGCCUGUUGCGGACCCCUAGCACGGUGUCUCACCAGCCCGCAAGCAUACGAGAACGAGGGGCCGCUCCACGACGACGACUCCGACUUCAUCCUGAACGACGGCAGCGUCAGCUCCAUGUACGCCGACGUCACAGUCAGCACGGACGGCUCGAGCUCCAGCGGCAUUAAGCGCCACCGUCCGUCCGCCGCCGACGAGGGCCUGGAUCACGAUUUAGCGCUGGCUGAGCAUGAGGUGGCCAUCCGGGGCACCCGCCUGGUCCUACCGAUGAAUGACCCGGCCGAUCCGCCGACUACUGUAACCCUGCCCCCGCCGCCCUCCCCGCCCCGCUCAGACCCCCGUAGGCACAGACUGUAAAACAAGGUUAGCCCUGCCGGGAUGCAUUUGUUUGUCGUUAUCAUAGAAAAUCCCACCCAGGUUGAUUUUUGCCUCCCAUUACUCGGGCAGUGGCAAUAUUCACGUGACCGUACUGUAUUUUCUGCAGGCUAUUUAUUUGGAAAUUCCCAACUACAGUCUAUGACUGUUUCAUUGUAGUCGUGUAGCUUUUCUUAUUUUCUGCCCAUACCUAUUCAGCACCUUUUCCAACACACCAAUGAGAUGCAGCAAUGCAAUCCAAGUUGUUUUGUCAAGUAUUGAGGCUUGGUUAAGCACUGGAGACAUUUCUUGCUGUGGAUUCACAGCAAGAAAUUUCUCCUCUUGGCGAGGCUCGCUUACAAAGUGGCUAUUUUUACAAGACUACAGACAUUUGAUGGUUUUCAAUUGGACUGAUUCUGCACUUUUUUUUCCCCCCAUUACAGCCCUGCUUAUUGGCAAUAACUAUUCUCACAGUCACUCUCUACCUGGCUGGGAACUGAAUGGUCUUCUAUGCUGCUGAAUUAUUUUCACAGACCAAACAUCUGUUCUCCUGCUAUUAAGAAAGCAUGACUAAUCCACUUAGUAAUGCAAAAAAAAAAAAAAACACACAGCCCGCACAAACUUUUACGGUCACGUAAUUACAGCCGCUAAACUCUUCACGACUGGAAUAAUUAUCUGCUUUCACUGUUUCUCGUCGCUUAAAAUCUUCUCGUGGACAGGUACGUGAGGGGCUUUGCGAGGAGUACUCGGUGACUGUAGGCGUGAACGUGAACAUACCACGCGCAAGGUCAGGUACUAUCGAGAUAUACACGCUGGAUGACAAGUCGGCGGUACAUUAAGAGUAAGGCUAAACUACUGACAACUUAUACACUUCUGUCAAGACAUUUUAGCACCACCCGUGUGCUUGACUCAUGGAUUUAUUUAUUUAUUUGUUUGUCUCAUGAUAUGACAUUUCUUUAUUACGAUUUGUUUUUAAAAGUAGGACAGCUCAGUGGCGAGACGCACCCCGACCGAUUCAUCCUAUGUGAGCUGUGCUGUCCAAACGUAGGUGAGGGCGAUUGUCGAGUUUCCAUUCCGAAACUUUAACCGUGUGUGUGUGUAAAUUUUUUUGUGUGAUGUAGCAAGAUGCUUCUUACGACGAGCGCUUCCCAUGUGAACGUCAUUUACAAGCUUGUGACUGGAAAAAACAACUAGAUUAAAAAAAAAAGCACUAAUCUGACUGAUGCACCGCCACGCACACAGACAAAAACGCACACACUGCCAUGUCUUUGGUAUGAGGGCAUGCUGAACUAUUGUGAAUUCAAGUGCCUAAAAUGUAAAUUGAACUCCUGAGUGUAGAUUUGUACAUUCAAUUUGUCCAGUCAGGUGAUCAUUUUGAUGGGCGCUUGAUGCGCCGAUUGAUGUUGACUAAGAACAAUGCAGUUGGUUGAAUUCAUUUUUAGGUGUAACUGAGAUAAAUAAUAGAUCAUCAGAACUACUAGCAACAGUGGAAGGUUUACUGAAUUGUAGCAUAUACGGUACCUGCAUAAUGGUGGAAUCUCCAAAGUUAAACGAAGUAGGAAAAUUACCAAAAUGUUGCGUUGAACUUGGGAGGUUCCACUGCAGCAAUGCGAAAGGAUCCCACCUAUUCAUUCGUUUGCUUUUUGCACAUAGGCAUCUCUGUAGGUUGGUAGACUAAAACCGGUACUGUCAUCUUUGUGCUGGUCAACACCGUAAGAGUGUCUUUAAUAUACCCACAUAACUAUUUAAUCCCUCAAACUGUUUUUGUCCUUAUUUUGUUUGAAGCAGUAUUCAGGUUUUCUACACAAUCAUCCACACAAUUUGGAUUGUGUGUAACUUUGUGUUGAUGAUUUAAUUUAUAUGGUACUUUUGUUGCAGCGAUCACACACAAAUUAAAUACCAGUAUAUUUUGAAGAGCUAUGAAGAGCUUUUGUAGAGAUUAAACACUCACGUUUGUGAGCAUGGAAGAAAUGUUGAUAUGUGUUGAUAAGAAAUGUGAUCUAAAAUGAUGAAAAUAUUUAACUGACUUCUUCCUUCCUGUUCUGUCAUUCUAUAUUUUUGGUCUCUUGUCUGGCAAGUUGCAAAUGUACCAGAAAUAAAUGUCAAGGACUGCA